UUCCCAGGAGCUGCAUGCUCCUCCGCUCACAGCCCCGCUGAGGAUGGAAAAGCGGUCUCGCAGCUCCUCCAGGGAGUCCCACAGGAGGACCAGAGAGCCCGCAGACUCACAGGGCAGGAGAGAGAAGGUGGAGAGCAGAAGAGGAGCCAGCAAGGACAGAGAGGGGCUCAAGAGGGGGAAAGCCAAAGAGGGGAAGAGCCCCACAGAGACAGACAGCAGAGUGCCGAGCUCCACGGUGGUGGACGUGGAUGAUGUUGUGUCUUUCGACGAGGAAACAGAGGUGAUGGCACUGCUGGAAAGCGAGCAGCAAGAGGAAGGGAUGACAUCUCCUGGUCGAGGUAUCUGUGAAUGGCUUCUUACCAUCUUGUCCCUUCUCUUCAUCAUAUUGACCUUCCCCAUUUCUGUCUGGUUCUGCAUGAAGAUCGUGCGGGAGUACGAGAGAGCCAUCGUGUUCCGACUUGGGCGCCUCCUUCCUGGAAGGCCCCGAGGGCCCGGCCUUUUCUUCUUCCUUCCCUGUCUGGAUACAUACCACAAGGUAGACCGUCGCCUGAAAACCCUAGAGAUCCCCUUCCAUGAGGUGGUGACCAAAGACAUGGUUACUAUGGAAAUAGAUGCUGUCUGCUACUACCGGAUGGAAAAUGCCUCUCUCCUCCUAACCAGCGUGGCCAACCUCUCCAGCGCUGUCCAGCUGCUGGUGCAGACAACCAUGAAGCGCUUGCUGGCCCAUCGAUCCUUCAGUGAAAUCCUCCUGGAAAGGAAGAGCAUUGGCCAGGAAAUGAAGGUCACCUUGGAUGCAGUCACAUGUCGCUGGGGAAUCAAGGUGGAGAGAACAGAAAUCAACCACGUGCGGCUGCCCACUGAACUGCAGCAGUCCCUGGCAGUGGAAGCAGAGGCCCAGAGACAGGCCAAAGUGCGGGUGAUUGCUGCCGAGGGGGAGAAGGCUGUCUCUGAAUCCCUGAAGAUGGCAGCCGAGAUCUUAGCCAGCUCCCCAGCUGCUGUCCAGCUCCGUUACCUGCACAUGCUGCAAUGCCUGUCUGCCGAGAAACCUUCCACCAUCGUCCUCCCUUUGCCCUUUGACCUAAUGAAUCUUGUAUCUGCGGCUAGCCACAACUCCACGGGCAGCAGCCUUCCCACCAGCGCUCCCAAUCACCCUGAGGCUCCAAAGGACAAGAAGGACUCCCCCAUGCUAUAGAGCCAUGCCAGGGGAAGCUGGCGCUCAGACAGGACUGCCACGCUGAUGAACACCUUCUACCAGGUCACUUAUCUUCAAACAAGCUCCAUGGACUGGCCUGCACUAUGCCAGCUCCCCAGCAUGAACUGUGGAGGGGUUGGGAUGGGAAACGAGCAGGGGUCUGUGAUAUAAAGUGGGCUGGACACAGACAUUUGAGUUUGCUUUGAAGAAACAUUCCGGCUCAUUCCGUGUGUGGGGUGCAGGAAUGGAGCUGGGGUGGGGGUGGGAGCUCCCUCUGUGUCUCACCAUUUCAUUGCUCCUUUUACCCUGCUGUGCUGAGGAGCAGAGGGAUGGUAGAACUGCUUCCCCUAGCCCCAGAGCUGGAGCCCUAGAGAUAGCCUCUAUCAUUCCAAUUAGGCUGGCUGGAUAGACGAGGGGUGUUUUUCCUUAAAGGCCCAAAAUAUCAACCUCUCCCUUCCCAACAUGAUCUGGCUGGAAUCAUUUGCAUUGCAAAAGCCCAGUGCCCAGGAGAAGCAAGGAGGCCCAAAGGGGCGCCCCACUGUAACAUAUCAGUCAGAGGCUGUGGAUUGUUCAGAGCUCCAUAUGCUUGGGCAGAGCUUGAGAUCUUCCUGCUGUGUCACUCAUUGCGAAGUGGGCAUCUCCUCAAAGAAGGGAAGCUGGUAAGAAGCGCUGGCCCAGGUACAUGAGACCUCUUUCAGUCCCUCAAGAGUGAACUCCUCUGGAGACAGGUUUCGCUACCUUCACCCCUCCCUGGGUGGAACCCCCAUGGUCUUGGUCUGAUCCUUCGACGGGUUUCUGGGCUGCAGCCCCCUGCCUUCCAAUCGUAUUAAUGUAGCUGGCCCAGCUGGGCUGGGCCCCUGUAAACCCUUUGCCUCCAGAAGCCUGGGGCAUCAGCUGAAUAAAGUGACUGAAAACAAGGGCUUCAGACUUCCAUAUUAAUAAUUCACCCAAAGGUCAGUCCAACCCACACCUUCCCUCUCACUUACACCUUCAUCUUCCCUUGCAGCCUUUGGCAAGGUCCUCUAACCCACUUACCUUCAUCUCCAGCUGGAAUAGCCUGCCUGCUGCAGGUGCUCCCUCAAUCAGUGUAUCUCUGGUAGUGUCCUCCACACAGGCAACUGAUGAUGACCCACCUCCCCAAACCAGGGAAGGAGCUUUAUAGCUGUUCUUAGUCUUUUACAGCUCUAGAAUUUCAGCCCCAUCACCCUCUCUGCCUGACACCUGGAGAACAGCAUCUUCCCACAUAAUAGCCUCUUAACCUCCUUGAAGCUGUUUACCCCAACUAUUGCUUCAUUUCCUGCUUGUUUACCCCAAUAGCCUCCUUUGGCCAUACCCCAGACAGAUGGGCAGGCUAAUGCCAAGCAGGUAAACUGAGGCACAUAGGGUGUUCAUGAAGGCUAAUACCGAUAGCUCCUGCAUUCUCCACCUGUGCAGCCGAAGCAUUGACUGCAAAGUGCAAACUAGGGUUGGAGCAGUAAGUGGGCAGCCCCUGGGGAAUAGUGUCCCCCCAAAAUCUGUCACUCGCCAGCUGUUGGGUUCUGGCUGAGGUAGCCAAAUGUGUGAUGUAGCUGAGCCAGGGAGAGCCAAUGGGCAGCACAGCAGAAAGCAAGGUGGGGUUCUUGUUGUUCCAGCUGCUUUCUCUGUGUUAGCGUCAAUUGUUAAUGAGCUCUGGCAGCAGCCCAGUGGCCUGGUGCUGCCCAAGGUUUGAGUGGGAGGGGCUGGAGGACAAGCUGGUGCUCAUCUGGCUGUGGGUUGGGGAAGGGAUGCAGCCUGCAGCCAGGCUGACACAUAUCAGCCACACUGGCUCCUAGCAGCAACUGUCCCCAGGGGAGCUGCUGCCCUUCCGCCCUAGAGGAGUGAGCGGGGCCCCGGGCUUCGUGGGAUGGAGGCAGCCCAGUGCGAAGGCAUAGCACCCCCCAUCCAGACCAGUCUCCUCCAUGGAUGAUUUUGGUUGGGUGAAGGAGGUGAAAAACAAGCCCCUUUAUGGCCUGGAAGCCUUCUCCUGAAAUGGACACCCCAGCCAUCUAUGGGGUAAGCAAGCUGUAUUGCUGAUUGUUGCUACUAGAUGGCGCCCUAGGACAGGACACAGGAAAAGUUUUCCUGAGACAUGAACCUGGUAAGAGAGAUGGGAUCUUAUUAGGGGACUAAAGGCAAACUAAAGGGGUAAAUUACAAAUCCUGAUGUACUUUCCCUGAGACAGUGAAAGGAGGGAGCUAAUAACUGUCAUGAGUUUUAUAGAUAAUAGCAACAUUUAUAUAGCUUUCUUCAACUGCCUUAUACAUCCUAUGCAAUGAUUCUCUGGUGAUGAUUCUCUAUUCAGUUCUGUCAGAUGGUCCACAGAACAGGUAGAAUGCUCCAAAAAACCCAGCAGAACUAAGCAUCAAGGCUCUUUAAAUAUCUGUAGCUCAGCUCCCGAUUCAAUUCGAGGGACCUUUCCCCAUAGCAAAAGUAUGCAGCAUGUGCUAGCAAAUCCUGUACAGCCCUAGUACUGCACUGUAUUCCUGACCAUCUGUCCCCCAGGGCUGGGACUCCCCAGGGCUCUGAUACUGCCCCUCUCACCUACCUUUGGAGUGAGUUACACACCUGGCAUGGUUUUAGGGCUGUUCUUUAAAUACCUGAGAGGAGGGACUCUGAGGAUCACCAUGGAAACAACACAACCAACCUCAGUCAGACACCAUCAAGUUAAUAGGUCAGCAAACACAUUGUACAUCAGCCCUAACCAAGCACACACACACUGCAGGCAGGGGGAGCACCGAAGGUGCAGGCAGGAGCACAGAAAGGAGUGAAGGCACAGGAACAGGCACGGGAAGGAGUGGUGGAGCACUUGGAGAAGGAGAGGCAGAGGGAGGAUGGGAAGAACAGCAGCAGCACGGGCAGGAGUGCUGGAAAGAGCAGUAGAUGUGCCCGGGGAGAGCACUGAAGGCACAGGAAGGAGAGUCAGGAGGAGUGUGAGCAGAGGCAUCGGGAGAAAGGAAUGAUGGAGUGGUG